CCAUCUCUGUCCUCGCCUUCCCAGCCACCCUCUCCAAGCGUCCGCCCCUUCAGUCCCCACCACCAGCACCCCGGGCCUAGUUCCCCCAGAUUCCCAGGCCAAAGUCCUAGCCUCAGCUCCCUGGGAUCAUGGGGGAUGGAGGGGAGGGCGAGGAUGACGUCCAGUUUCUUCGAACUGAGGAUGAGGUCGUCCUGCAAUGCAGCGCUACCACCCUCAAGGAACAGAUCAAGCUCUGCCUGGCUGCAGAGGGCUUUGGAAACCGCCUCUGUUUCUUGGAGCCCACUAGCAAUGCCCAGAAUGUGCCCCCUGACUUGGCUGUGUGCUGUUUUGUGCUGGAACAAUCUCUCUCUGUGCGAGCUCUGCAGGAGAUGUUGGCCAACACUGUGGAGGCUGGCACCGAGUCAUCUCAGGGCGGGGGACACCGGACACUUCUCUACGGCCACGCCAUCUUACUCCGGCAUGCCCACAGCCAAAUGUAUCUAAGCUGCCUCACGACAUCCCGCUCCAUGACUGACAAGCUCGCCUUCGAUGUGGGCCUGCAAGAAGAUGCCACAGGAGAGGCCUGCUGGUGGACCAUGCAUCCAGCUUCCAAGCAGCGAUCUGAAGGGGAGAAGGUCCGGGUCGGGGACGACCUCAUCCUUGUCAGUGUCUCCUCCGAGCGAUACCUGCACCUGUCCACAGCCAGUGGGGAGCUCCAGGUUGACGCCUCUUUCAUGCAAACCCUUUGGAACAUGAACCCCAUCUGUUCUGGAUGUGAAGAAGGGUACGUGACUGGUGGCCACGUUCUCCGGCUGUUCCAUGGCCACAUGGACGAGUGUCUGACCAUCUCUGCAGCUGACAGUGAUGACCAGCGCAGGCUGGUUCAUUAUGAAGGGGGUGCUGUGUGCACUCAUGCCCGUUCCCUGUGGAGGCUGGAACCCCUGAGGAUAAGCUGGAGCGGGAGCCACCUACGUUGGGGCCAGCCUCUGCGCGUGCGACACGUAACUACAGGGAGGUACUUGGCGCUGACAGAGGACCAAGGCCUGGUUGUGGUAGAUGCCUCGAAGGCCGCCACCAAAGCAACUGCUUUCUGUUUCCGAAUAUCCAAGGAGAAACUGGACACAGCCCCAAAGCGAGAUGUGGAAGGGAUGGGUCCCCCUGAGAUCAAGUACGGGGAGUCUCUAUGCUUUGUCCAACACGUGGCCUCUGGCCUAUGGCUCACAUAUGCAGCCCCUGACCCCAAGGCCUUGCGCCUGGGCCUGAUGAAGAGGAAGGCCAUGCUGCACCAGGAAGGCCACAUGGAUGAUGCCCUUUCCCUCACCCGGUGCCAGCUGGAGGAGUCCCAGGCAGCCCGGAUGAUCUACAGCACAGCUGGGCUGUACAACCAGUUCAUCAAGGGUCUGGACAGUCUGAGUGGGAAGCCCAAGGGGGCUCCAGCACCAGGUGUGACACUGCCCAUCGAAGGGGUCAUCUUGAGCUUGCAGGACCUCAUUGGUUACUUUGAGCCCCCCUCGGAGGAGCUGCAACAUGAGGAGAAGCAGAGUAGACUACGGAGCCUCCGGAACCGCCAGAGCCUCUUCCAGGAAGAGGGAAUGCUGUCCUUGGUUCUGAACUGUAUCGACCGUCUCAACGUCUACUCCACGGCCGCCCACUUUGCUGAGUUUUCAGGAGACGAGGCAGCGGAGUCUUGGAAGGAGAUUGUGAACUUACUCUAUGAGCUUUUGGCCUCUUUGAUUCGGGGGAACCGUACCAAUUGUGCCCUCUUCUCCCACAACCUCGACUGGCUCGUCAGCAAGUUGGAUCGGUUGGAGGCUUCUUCUGGGAUCCUGGAGGUCCUUUAUUGUGUACUGAUCGAGAGUCCAGAAGUCCUUAACAUUAUUCAGGAGAAUCACAUCAAAUCCAUCAUUUCUCUGUUGGACAAGCAUGGCCGGAAUCACAAGGUUCUGGAUGUAUUAUGCUCUCUGUGCGUGUGUAACGGCGUCGCUGUCCGCUCCAACCAGGUCCUCAUCACUGAGAACCUCCUUCCAGGGCGUGAGCUCCUACUGCAGACCAACCUCAUUAACUAUGUCACCAGCAUACGCCCCAAUAUCUUCGUGGGCCAGGCCGAGGGGACCACCCAGUAUGGGAAGUGGUACUUUGAAGUCAUGGUGGACUCAGUGGAACCUUUCCUGACUGCCCAAGCUACACACCUGAGGGUGGGCUGGGCCCUCACUGAGGGAUACAGCCCCUACCCUGGGGGUGGGGAAGGCUGGGGUGGCAACGGCGUUGGAGACGACCUCUACUCCUAUGGCUUUGAUGGACUGCACCUCUGGUCUGGGCGAGUUGCCCGGCCAGUGGCCUCCCCAGGCCAGCACCUCCUGGCUGCAGAAGAUGUGGUUAGCUGUUGCCUGGAUCUGAGUGUCCCAUCCAUCUCAUUCCGAAUCAAUGGCUGCCCUGUGCAAGGUGUCUUUGAAGCAUUCAACCUGGAUGGGCUCUUCUUCCCUGUGGUCAGCUUCUCUGCUGGUGUUCGGGUACGAUUUCUCCUGGGUGGUCGCCAUGGAGAUUUCAAAUUCCUCCCCCCACCGGGUUAUGCCCCGUGCCAUGAGGCUCUACUCCCCCGAGAGCGCCUCCGACUGGAGCCCAUAAAGGAGUACCGUCGGGAAGGAGCCCAUGGGCCCCACCUCUUGGGACCUACCUGCUGCCUGUCCCACACCGACUUUGUGCCCUGCCCUGUGGACACUGUCCAGAUUGUUUUGCCGCCUCACCUGGAACGGAUCCGAGAGAAGUUGGCAGAAAACAUCCAUGAGCUCUGGGCUCUGACUCGCAUCGAGCAAGGAUGGACCUAUGGCCCGGUGCGGGAUGAUAACAAACGACUUCACCCAUGCCUGGUGAACUUUCACAACCUCCCAGAGCCUGAGAGAAACUACAAUCUGCAGAUGUCAGGGGAGACACUCAAGACCCUGCUUGCUUUGGGGUGCCACGUAGGCAUGGCUGAUGAGAAGGCUGAGGAGAACCUCAAGAAGACGAAACUCCCCAAGACGUACAUGAUGAGUAAUCGGUACAAGCCAGCUCCGUUGGACCUGAGCCACGUGCGGUUAACACCAGCACAGACAACGCUUGUUGACCGGCUGGCUGAGAAUGGGCACAAUGUGUGGGCGAGAGACCGUGUAGGUCAAGGCUGGAGCUACAGUGCUGUCCAAGACAUCCCUGCCCGGAGGAACCCCCGGCUUGUCCCCUACCGCCUCCUGGAUGAGGCCACCAAACGUAGCAACCGAGACAGCCUCUGCCAAGCCGUGCGCACCCUCCUGGGUUAUGGCUACAACAUUGAGCCACCUGACCAAGAGUCCAGCCUAGUGGAAAGCCAGAGUAGUGGGGACCGAGUGCGCAUCUUCCGGGCGGAACGCACCUACGCAGUUCAGAGUGGCCGCUGGUAUUUUGAAUUCGAGGCCAUCACCACUGGAGAGAUGCGUGUGGGCUGGGCCCGUCCAGAGCUGCGGCCAGAUGUGGAGCUGGGAGCAGAUGACUUGGCUUAUGUCUUCAAUGGCCACCGAGGGCAGCGCUGGCACAUGGGUAGUGAACCAUUUGGGCGACCUUGGCAGCCGGGAGAUGUCGUUGGGUGUAUGAUUGACCUCACGGAGAACACCAUCCUUUUCACACUCAAUGGAGAAGUGCUCAUGUCUGACUCAGGCUCAGAGACAGCCUUCAAGGAAAUUGAGAUGGGAGAUGGAUUCCUCCCUGUCUGCAGCCUGGGCCUGGGCCAGGUGGGACGCCUAAAUUUAGGCCAGGAUGUGGGAUCUCUUCGCUACUUCACCAUCUGUGGACUCCAGGAGGGCUUUGAGCCUUUUGCCAUCAACAUGCAGAGACCUGUCACCACCUGGUUCAGCAAGAGUCUGCCCCAGUUUGAACCUAUGCCCCCUGACCAUCCGCACUAUGAGGUGACCCGAGUGGAUGGCACAGUGGACACUCCUCCCUGCCUGCGCCUGACGCAUCGCACGUGGGGCUCCCAGAAUAGCCUGGUGGAGAUGAUGUUUCUACGGCUGAGCCUUCCCGUCCAGUUCUAUCAGCACUUUCGCUGCACUCCGGGGGCCACUCCUCUGGCUCCUCCGGGCCCCCAGCCUCCUGGGGAUGAUGAGGUCCGGGCGGCUGAGCCUGACCCUGACUAUGAGCAGCUGCAACGUUCAGCAGGACGCCCGGGCGAGGCUGAGGGGAACAAGGAUGGGAAUGGGGGGUCCACCAAAGACGGGGGCCCUUCUCAGACAGGGGCUGAGGCAGCAGGAGGGUCCCCAGUCCGGGCUGAGAAUGAGAAGGAUGCUGCCACUGAGAAGAGCAAGAAGAGGGGAUUCUUGUUCAAGGCUAAGAAGGCAGCCAUGAUGACCCAACCACCUGCUACACCUGCUUUGCCCCGACUUCCUCAUGAUGUAGUACCCGCUGACGACAGGGAUGACCCGGAGAUUAUCCUCAACACCACCACGUAUUACUACUCGGUCCGGGUGUUCGCAGGCCAGGAGCCCAGCUCAGUGUGGGUAGGCUGGGUCACCCCCGACUACCACCAGUAUGACAUGAAUUUUGACCUCAGCAAAGUCCGGGCUGUGACAGUGACCAUGGGGGAUGAGCGAGGCAAUGUAUUCAACAGCCUGAAGCGCAGUAACUGCUACAUGGUGUGGGGUGGGGACUUUGUGAGCCCAGGACAGCAAGGACGCAUUAGCCACACGGACCUGGUCAUCGGCUGCCUAGUAGACCUGGCCACUGGCCUCAUGACCUUCACGGCCAAUGGAAAAGAGAGCAACACCUUUUUCCAGGUGGAGCCAAACACAAAGCUGUUUCCAGCUGCUUUUGUACUGCCCACCAACCAAAAUAUUAUGCAGUUUGAACUGGGAAAGCUGAAGAACAUCAUGCCUCUGUCAGCUGCCAUGUUCCUGAGUGAGCGGAAGAACCCAGCCCCACAGUGCCCCCCACGCCUGGAGGUGCAGAUGCUCAUGCCCGUGUCCUGGAGCAGGAUGCCCAACCACUUCCUGCAAGUGGAGACACACCGGGCGGGUGACCGACUGGGCUGGGCUGUUCAGUGUGAGGACCCACUCACCAUGAUGGCCUUGCACAUCCCUGAGGAGAAUCGCUGUAUGGACAUCCUGGAGCUAUCGGAACGCCUCUCCUUGCAGCGUUUCCACUCCCACACACUGAACCUCUACCGGGCUGUGUGUGCCUUGGGGAACAACCGAGUGGCCCACGCACUCUGCAGCCACGUGGACCAGGCCCAGCUGCUUCAUGCCAUCGAGGAUGCCCACCUCCCUGGCCCACUGAGAGCUGGCUACUAUGACCUGCUCAUCAGCAUUCACCUGGAGAGCGCCUGCCGCUCCCGACGCUCCAUGCUCAAUGAGUAUAUUGUGCCGCUGACGCCUGAGACCAGCACCAUCACGCUCUUCCCUCCCAGCCCCCCCGCUGAACCUGGGGAGGAGAGCCCCCGGCGGCGUCACGGGCUGCCUGGUGUGGGGACCUCCACUUCCCUGCGCCCACCUCUCCACUUUUCUCCCCCCUGCUUCGUGGCAUCCCCGGUGGGGGCAGGUUCUGCUGAGGCCCCUGCUCGCUUCAGCCCCUCCAUCCCUUUGGAGGUGCUCCGCGAUAAGGCAUUGAGGAUGCUAGGGGAGGCUGUGCGAGAUGGAGGCCAGCACGCCCGGGACCCUGUGGGUGGCUCUGUGGAGUUCCAGUUUGUUCCGGUCCUCAAACUGGUGUCCACUCUGCUGGUGAUGGGCAUCUUUGGGGACGAGGAUGUUAAGCAAAUUCUGAGGAUGAUUGAGCCUGAGGUUUUCAAAGAAGAGGAAGAGGAGGAGGAGGAAGAGGAGGAUGAGGAAGAGAAGGAAGAGGAUGAAGGAGAGGAAGAGGAAAAGGAGGAGGAGGAGGAGGAGGAGGGAGAGGAAGAGGAAGCUGUGGAGGAAGGACUUCUGCAGAUGAAGUUGCCAGAGUCAGUCAAGUUACAGAUGUGUCAUCUGCUGGAGUACUUCUGUGACCAGGAGCUGCAGCACCGCGUGGAGGCUCUCAUUGCCUUCUCAGAGCGUUACGUCAACUGCCUUCAAGGCAACCAGCGCACCCGCUAUGGCCUGCUCAUGAGGGCGUUCACCAUGUCUGCAGCGGAGACUGCCCGGCGCACCCGAGAGUUCCGUUCUCCACCCCAGGAGCAGAUCAACAUGCUUCUGCAUUUCAAAGGGGGGGAAGAUGAGGAGGAUUGUCCAGUCCCGGAUGAAAUUCGGCAGGAGCUGUUAGAUUUUCACCAGGACCUGCUCCUGCACUGUGGCAUCCAUUUGGAAGGAGCAGAGGAGGAAGUGGAAGAGGAGACCACGCUGGGAGGUCGGCUGAUGAGCUUUUUGGAAAAGGUGAAGCUGGUGAAGAAGAAGGAGGAGGAGCCAGAGGACACCCCCGCUCCCGAAGAGAAAAAGCCUGAGUCCUUGCAGGAGCUGGUCUCUCACACGAUGGUGUGCUGGGCCAAAGAGGACUUUAUCCAGAACCCAGAGCUGGUCCGGGUCAUGUUCAGCCUCCUCCACCGCCAGUAUGAUGGCGUUGGGGAGCUGCUGCGUGCCCUGCCCAGAGCCUACACCAUAUCCCCAUCCUCCGUGGAGGACACCAUGAGCCUCCUGGAAUGUCUAUGCCAGAUCCGCUCCCUGCUCAUUGUGCAGAUGGGACCACAGGAAGAGAAUCUCAUGAUACAGAGCAUUGGAAAUAUCAUGAACAACAAGGUUUUCUACCAGCACCCAAAUCUGAUGAGGGCGUUGGGGAUGCAUGAAACAGUGAUGGAAGUCAUGGUCAAUGUGUUAGGAGGGGGAGAGUCUAAGGAAAUCCGCUUCCCCAAAAUGGUCACCAGCUGCUGUCGGUUCCUUUGCUAUUUCUGUCGUAUCAGUCGCCAAAACCAAAGGUCCAUGUUUGACCACCUCAGCUAUCUGCUGGAGAACAGCGGAAUUGGCCUCGGCAUGCAGGGCUCCACCCCCCUAGACGUGGCAGCUGCCUCGGUCAUAGACAACAAUGAGUUGGCCCUGGCCCUUCAGGAACAGGACCUAGACAAGGUAGUCUCAUACCUAGCUGGCUGUGGCCUUCAGAGCUGCCCGAUGUUGCUGGCCAAGGGCUACCCUGAUAUUGGCUGGAACCCCUGUGGCGGGGAGCGCUAUCUUGACUUCCUCAGAUUCGCGGUCUUUGUUAAUGGAGAGAGCGUGGAAGAGAAUGCCAAUGUCGUGGUGCGCCUGCUCAUCCGGCGCCCUGAGUGCUUUGGUCCAGCCCUGAGAGGAGAGGGAGGCUCUGGGCUGCUGGCCUCUAUGGAAGAGGCAAUCCGGAUCUCAGAGGACCCUGCUCGAGACGGCCCAGGCGUCAGGAAGGACCGGAGGCGGGACCACCAUGGGGGUGAGGAGGCCCCUGAAGAAAAUCGUGUGCACCUGGGACACGCCAUCAUGUCAUUCUACUCAGCCCUGAUUGACCUGCUGGGUCGCUGUGCUCCCGAGACUCACCUGAUCCAGGCUGGGAAGGGAGAAGCUCUGAGGAUCCGGGCCAUCCUGCGUUCCCUGGUGCCCCUGGAUGACCUCGUGGGCAUUAUCAGCCUGCCCCUUCAGAUCCCCACCCUGGGGAAAGACGGGGCCCUGGUGCAGCCCCGGAUGUCAGCCUCCUUCGUGCCUGACCACAAGGCCCCCAUGGUCCUCUUCCUGGACCGCGUCUAUGGCAUUGAUAGCCAGGACUUUCUCCUCCACGUACUAGAUGUAGGCUUCCUGCCUGACAUGCGGGCAGCUGCCUCCCUGGACACGGCGACUUUCAGCACCACGGAGAUGGCCCUGGCCUUGAACCGUUACCUGUGCACAGCUGUGCUUCCUCUCAUCACCAAGUGCGCCCCGCUGUUUGCGGGCACAGAGCACCGUGCCAUCAUGGUGGACUCCAUGCUCCACACUGUCUACCGCCUGUCCCGAGGACGCUCUCUCACCAAGGCCCAGCGAGAUGUCAUUGAGGACUGCCUUAUGGCGCUCUGCAGGUACAUCCGUCCAUCCAUGCUCCAGCAUCUUCUCCGUCGCCUGGUAUUUGAUGUGCCCAUCCUCAACGAGUUUGCCAAGAUGCCCCUCAAGCUCCUGACCAAUCACUAUGAGCGCUGCUGGAAGUACUACUGCCUCCCCACGGGCUGGGCCAACUACGGAGUCACCUCUGAGGAGGAGCUGCAUCUGACUCGCAAGCUUUUCUGGGGCAUCUUUGAGUCAUUGGCCCACAAGAAAUAUGACCCAGAACUCUACCGCAUGUCCAUGCCGUGUCUGUGCGCCAUCGCAGGGGCCCUGCCCCCAGACUAUGUGGAUGCCUCCUAUUCCUCCAAGGCCGAGAAAAAGGCCAGUGUGGACGCAGAAGGCAAUUUUGACCCUCGGCCCGUGGAGACGCUCAAUGUGAUCAUUCCUGAGAAACUCGACUCCUUCAUCAACAAGUUUGCAGAAUAUACACAUGAGAAGUGGGCAUUUGACAAGAUUCAGAACAAUUGGACGUUUGGGGAGAACAUUGACGAGGAGCUGAAGACCCACCACAUGCUUCGGCCCUACAAGACCUUCUCAGAAAAGGACAAGGAGAUUUACCGGUGGCCUAUUAAGGAGUCGCUGAAGGCCAUGAUCGCCUGGGAAUGGACAGUGGAGAAAGCACGUGAGGGUGAGGAGGAGAAGGGAGAGAAGAAAACCAAGACGCGCAAGAUCUCCCAGAAUGCCCCGGCCACCUAUGACCCGAGGGAGGGCUAUAAUCCCCAGCCUCCAGACCUCAGCUGUGUCACCCUGUCCCGGGAACUGCAGGCCAUGGCUGAACAACUGGCUGAGAAUUACCACAACACGUGGGGGAGGAAGAAAAAGCAGGAAUUAGAGGCCAAGGGUGGAGGUACCCACCCUCUCUUGGUCCCCUAUGACACAUUGACGGCCAAGGAGAAGGCUAGAGACCGAGAGAAGGCACAGGAACUGCUCAAAUUCCUACAGAUGAACGGCUACGCGGUGACACGGGGACUGAAGGACAUGGAACUGGACACAUCCUCCAUUGAAAAGAGAUUCGCCUUUGGGUUCCUGCAGCAACUUCUCCGCUGGAUGGAUAUUUCACAGGAGUUCAUCGCCCACCUAGAGGCUGUGGUGAGCAGCGGACGGGUAGAGAAGUCUCCCCACGAGCAAGAGAUCAAGUUCUUUGCCAAGAUCCUGCUACCUCUCAUCAAACAGUAUUUCAACAAUCACUGCCUCUAUUUCCUGUCCACACCAGCCAAGGUCCUAGGCAGUGGGGGCCAUGCCUCUAACAAGGAAAAGGAGAUGAUCACCAGCCUGUUCUGUAAACUCGCCGCUCUGGUCCGGCACCGAGUCUCUCUCUUUGGCACUGAUGCUCCGGCUGUGGUCAACUGUCUACACAUCCUUGCCCGGUCACUGGAUGCCAGGACCGUGAUGAAGUCAGGUCCUGAGAUUGUGAAGGCUGGUCUCCGAUCAUUCUUCGAGAGCGCUUCGGAGGACAUCGAAAAGAUGGUGGAAAACCUGCGCUUGGGCAAGGUGUCCCAGGCCCGGACCCAGGUCAAGGGCGUUGGCCAGAACCUCACCUACACCACCGUGGCCCUGCUUCCCGUCCUCACCACCCUCUUCCAGCACAUCGCCCAGCACCAGUUUGGCGACGACGUCAUCUUGGACGAUGUCCAGGUCUCCUUAUUUGCCCAACCAAUCGUGAGCCGGGCCCGGCCUGAGAUGCUCCGGUCUCAUUUCAUUCCCACGGUGGGCCGGCUGCGGAAGCGAGCUGGGAAGGUGGUGGCCGAGGAGGAGCAGCUACGGCUGGAGGCCAAGGCGGAAGCCGAGGAGGGAGAACUCUUGGUGCGGGACGAGUUUUCUGUGCUCUGCCGGGACCUCUACGCGCUCUAUCCCCUGCUCAUCCGCUACGUGGACAACAACCGAGCCCACUGGCUAACAGAGCCCAACCCUGAUGCAGAAGAACUCUUCAGAAUGAUAGCAGAAAUCUUCAUCUACUGGUCAAAGUCUCAUAACUUCAAGAGAGAGGAACAGAACUUUGUGGUACAGAAUGAAAUCAAUAACAUGUCCUUCCUGACUGCAGAUAGCAAGAGCAAGAUGGCCAAGUCAGGAGGCUCCGAUCAGGAGAGAACAAAGAAGAAACGUCGGGGAGACCGAUAUUCCGUCCAGACCUCUCUGAUAGUGGCUACCCUCAAGAAGAUGCUGCCUAUUGGGCUGAACAUGUGUGCACCCACUGACCAGGACCUCAUUGCACUGGCCAAGACUCGUUAUGCCCUGAAAGACACAGAUGAAGAAGUUCGAGAAUUUCUGCAGAAUAACCUCCAUCUUCAGGGAAAGAGUGAGGGUUCCCCAUCGCUGCGCUGGCAGAUGGCCCUCUACCGGGGGCUGCCCGGUCGGGCCGAGGAUGCGGAUGCCCCUGAGAAUAUUGUUCGCCGGGUACAGGAGGUGUCAGCAGUGCUUUUCCAUCUGGAACAGACAGAGCAUCCCUUCAAGUCCAAGAAAGCCGUGUGGCACAAGCUCCUUUCGAAACAGCGUCGUCGUGCAGUUGUGGCUUGUUUCCGCAUGACCCCCCUGUACAACCUGCCCCGGCAUCGUGCAAGCAAUAUGUUCUUGGAGUCCUACAAAGCAGCAUGGAUUGUGACGGAGGAGCACAGCUUUGAGGACCGCAUGAUUGACGACCUCUCUAAAGCUGGGGAGGAAGAAGAAGAGGAAGAAGAACAGGAGGAAAAGAAACCAGACCCUCUGCACCAACUGGUAUUACACUUUAGCCGGACAGCCCUGACGGAGAAGAGCAAACUAGAUGAGGACUAUCUGUAUAUGGCGUAUGCCGACAUCAUGGCCAAGAGCUGCCACUUGGAGGAGGGAGAAGAGCAUUCAGAACCUACUGAGGAAGAGGUUGAAGCCUCAUUUGAGGAGAAGGAGAUGGAAAAGCAGAAACUCCUCUACCAGCAGUCCAGGCUCCACAACCGAGGGGCAGCUGAGAUGGUGCUACAGAUGAUUAGCGCCUGCAAAGGGGAGCCAGGAGUCAUGGUGUCAUCCACCCUGAAGCUGGGCAUCUCCAUCCUCAACGGGGGCAACAUGGAGGUGCAGCAGAAGAUGCUGGACUAUCUGAAGGACAAGAAGGAGGUUGGCUUCUUCCAGAGCAUCCAGGCUCUGAUGCAGACAUGCAGUGUUCUUGAUCUGAAUGCCUUUGAGAGGCAGAACAAGGCAGAGGGGCUUGGAAUGGUGACCGAGGAAGGGACUGUCAUCAAUCGCCAGAACGGAGAAAAAGUGAUGGCUGAUGAUGAGUUCACCCAGGAUCUCUUCCGCUUUCUCCAGCUGCUGUGUGAAGGCCAUAACAAUGACUUUCAGAACUACCUCCGGACGCAAACAGGGAACACGACCACCAUCAACAUCAUUAUCUGUACCGUGGAUUACCUGCUGAGGCUGCAGGAGUCCAUCAGUGAUUUCUACUGGUACUACUCGGGGAAGGACGUGAUUGAAGAGCAGGGGAAGAGAAACUUCUCCAAAGCCAUGGCUGUGGCCAAGCAGGUCUUCAACAGCCUCACGGAGUACAUCCAGGGCCCAUGCACAGGAAACCAGCAGAGCUUGGCCCACAGCCGCCUGUGGGACGCCGUGGUCGGAUUCCUCCAUGUUUUUGCCCACAUGAUGAUGAAGCUGGCUCAGGACUCCAGCCAGAUUGAGCUGCUGAAGGAACUGCUGGAUCUGCAGAAGGACAUGGUUGUCAUGUUGCUGUCACUGCUGGAAGGGAACGUGGUCAAUGGCACAAUUGCCAGGCAGAUGGUGGACAUGCUGGUGGAAUCUUCCUCCAACGUGGAGAUGAUCCUCAAAUUCUUUGACAUGUUCCUGAAACUCAAGGACAUCGUGGGUUCUGAGGCCUUCCAGGACUACGUCACCGAUCCCCGGGGGCUAAUCUCCAAGAAAGAUUUCCAGAAGGCCAUGGACAGCCAGAAGCAGUUCACUGGACCUGAGAUCCAGUUCCUGCUGUCCUGCUCAGAGGCAGAUGAGAACGAGAUGAUUAACGUGGAGGAGUUUGCCAGCCGCUUCCAGGAGCCGGCCCGAGAGAUCGGCUUCAACGUGGCUGUGCUGCUGACCAACCUGUCGGAGCACGUGCCCCACGACCCUCGACUGCGGAACUUCCUGGAGCUGGCCGAGAGCAUCCUGGAGUACUUCCGGCCCUACCUGGGCCGCAUCGAGAUCAUGGGCGCCUCUCGGAGAAUCGAGCGCAUCUAUUUUGAAAUCUCGGAGACCAAUAAGGCACAGUGGGAGAUGCCCCAGGUGAAGGAAUCCAAACGCCAGUUCAUCUUUGACGUGGUGAAUGAAGGGGGAGAGUCGGAGAAGAUGGAGAUGUUCGUGAGCUUCUGUGAAGACACCAUCUUUGAGAUGCAGAUCGCUGCCCAGAUCUCAGAGCCCGAGGGAGAGCCUGAGCAAGACGAGGAUGAGUCUGCAGCAGAGUCUGGGCCAGACGCACCCGAGGCAGGACCAGACGGAGAAGGGGCCUCCGCGGGCGGCCCAGCAGGCAUCUCUGGGCAUGUGGUAGGGGCGGCGGCGUGGGUCCUGCGACGGCUGACCUACCGGAGCCUUCGGCGGCGGGUGAGGCGGCUCCGGCGACUGACCCUGCGGGAGGCCGCAGGUGUCGGGGCUGGACUCAUCUGGGCCGGGGUGACGUGGACGGGCACAGGAGUGAUCGGCGCCACCCGGGGGGCCCUAGGUCUGCUCUGGGGCUCUCUGUUUGGUGGAGGGCUGGUGGAAGGAGCCAAGAAAGUGACAGUGACAGGACUGUUGGCUGGGAUGCCAGACCCCACGGGCGAUGAGGUCCACGGGGAACAGGCAGCUGGUGCAGGGACUGUUGGGACUGGGGAUGGAGCAGUGGAAGGGGAUGAGGAGACAGGGGGAGAGCCUGCUGAUGGAGAGGCUGAGGCCGAGGCUGGAGCUGGGGAGGCUGGACCAGCUGGAGGAGAGGGGGCCGGGGCAGACGGAGGCCCCUUCCGGAUGGAGGUUCCUGGAGGCCUUGGUGACAUGGGAGACACAACACCAGUUGAGCCGCCCACUCCUGAGGGUUCCCCGAUCUUCCGGAGGAAACUUGGGCUGGAGGAAGGAGAAGAACAAGCCCUUGAAGGAGAACCAGAGCCAGAACCGGAGCCAGAACCGGAGCCAGAACCUGAACCCGAGAAAGCUGAUGCUGAGAAUGGAGAGAAGGAAGGGGCCCAAGAGCCUGCACCUGAGCCUCCCAAGAAGGCAGCUGCCCCAUCUCCACCUCGCAAGGAGGAGGCCAAAUCUGAGGGCCCAGACUUCUGGGAGGAACUCGAGGUGCAGAGGGUCAAGUUCCUGAAUUACCUCUCCAGAAACUUCUAUACCCUGAGAUUCCUUGCUCUCUUCCUGGCCUUUGCCAUCAACUUCAUCCUGCUCUUCUACAAGGUCUCUGACUCUCCUCCGGGUGAAGAGGACCUGGAAGGCUCAGGGUUCGAAGGCCUGGCAGGCUCGGGGGCUGGAGACUUCCUGGGAUCUGGCAUGGGCUCAGGGGCUGGGGAGGAGAUGGAGGAUGACGAGGAAGAGAACAUGGUCUACUAUUUCCUGGAAGAGAGUACGGGGUACAUGGAGCCUGCCCUUCGAGGACUCAGCAUCUUGCACACCCUCAUUGCCUUCCUCUGCAUCAUCGGCUACAACUGUCUCAAGGUACCGCUGGUUAUCUUUAAACGUGAGAAGGAACUAGCCCGAAAACUGGAAUUUGAUGGUCUCUACAUUACUGAACAGCCUGAGGAUGACGACGUAAAGGGGCAGUGGGAUCGUCUGGUGCUUAACACCCCAUCCUUCCCCAGCAACUACUGGGACAAGUUUGUGAAAAGAAAGGUGCUGGAAAAACACGGGGACAUCUUUGGCCGGGAGCGAAUUGCAGAGCUGCUGGGCAUGGAUCUGGCCAGCCUGGAGAUCACAGCACAAAACGAGAAGCGACCAGAACCCCCCUCGGGACUGCUCAGCUGGAUCAUGUCUAUAGAUGUCAAAUACCAAAUCUGGAAAUUCGGCGUCAUCUUCACCGACAAUUCAUUCUUGUAUUUGACCUGGUACAUGGUCAUGUCCCUCCUCGGCCACUAUAACAACUUCUUCUUUGCUGCCCACCUGCUGGACAUCGCCAUGGGAGUCAAGACCCUUCGAACCAUCCUGUCCUCUGUCACCCACAAUGGGAAGCAGCUGGUGAUGACGGUGGGUCUGCUGGCGGUCGUGGUCUACCUCUACACGGUCGUGGCCUUCAAUUUCUUCCGCAAAUUCUACAACAAAAGCGAGGACGAGGAUGAGCCGGACAUGAAAUGUGACGACAUGAUGACGUGUUACCUGUUCCACAUGUACGUGGGUGUCCGAGCCGGCGGGGGCAUCGGGGAUGAGAUUGAAGACCCAGCAGGGGAUGAAUACGAGCUCUACCGGGUGGUCUUCGACAUCACCUUCUUCUUCUUCGUCAUUGUCAUCCUGCUGGCCAUUAUCCAAGGUCUGAUCAUUGAUGCUUUUGGGGAGCUCCGAGACCAACAAGAGCAAGUGAAGGAGGAUAUGGAGACCAAAUGUUUCAUCUGUGGCAUUGGAAGUGACUACUUUGAUACAACACCCCAUGGUUUUGAGACCCACACACUGGAGGAGCACAACCUGGCCAACUACAUGUUCUUCCUGAUGUAUCUGAUCAACAAGGAUGAGACAGAGCACACAGGACAGGAGUCCUAUGUCUGGAAGAUGUAUCAGGAACGCUGCUGGGAUUUCUUCCCAGCUGGUGACUGUUUCCGAAAGCAGUAUGAAGACCAGCUGGCCUGAGAAACCGAGGCUCCCCUUCAUUUGCCCUCACCUCAAGUGCCUUAUGCCACUUUGGGGAAUCCCCUGUCCUGGGGCUCAGCUCCCCUCAGUGCAACAUAUCUGGUGGGAAAAGGGCCGCUCUGGAGUAAAGGGUUUCUUCUGUAGUUGCA